AUGCCUCCCCUCCCUGCCCCCCUCUUUCUGACACUGCUACAAUUUGUAGUACUUACUUGUGUGAGUGGUGGGGCAUACUACGCACACAAGCAACACCCUCAGCAAUACCAGCCAGUACAGCAAUUCCAACACAUGGGGAUGGGCAAAGAUGGCUUUACCCAGCAACAGUACCUUGGCAAAGAAGUGCCCUAUAUGCAGUAUCCCCAUUAUAGAAAGGAGCUACCCCAGAUGCCCAUGCACAAGGGCAAAGAAAAUGCUCGUAAAGGGGCCGGAUAUAAUGGUGGUCAAGACAAAGGUCAGACAAUCCCCAGUGGAGCUGAGGGAAUUCCUCAAGGGGAACCAGGCCCAGCUGGGCCACCUGGACCAGAGGGACCUCCAGGACCUCCUGGACCUCCAGGAAAUGGACAGCCAGGACCCAUGGGACGACCUGGACCUCCUGGUCCACCGGGAGUGCCUGCUGUGGGGAAACCAGGUUUGCCAGGACUGCCAGGCAAUGCAGGAGGAAAUGGUGAGGCAGGGCCACAAGGAGAAAUGGGCCCAAGGGGUGAGGAAGGGCCAUCUGGACAGCCAGGACCUCAAGGUCCCCCAGGACCACCUGGGCUACCAGGAAUAGGUAAACCAGGGGUGCAGGGUUUACCAGGCCAACCAGGGCCAAAAGGAGAGCCAGGUCACAAAGGUCUGCCGGGGCUACCAGGAUUACCAGGACCCAAAGGAGAUAAAGGGAUGGGGCAGCCAGGACAACCUGGUCACAAAGGGCUCCCAGGGCCCCCAGGACCAGCUGGUCCAAGAGGACUGCCUGGUUUUGGAAAACCUGGAUUGAAUGGGGCACCAGGCCCACAUGGGCCACCAGGAGAGAAAGGUCAUCCUGGAGAGCAAGGGCCAGCUGGGGUACCCGGUGAAGGAGGACAGCCUGGUCCACCAGGACUACCUGGUCAAGGAAAGCCAGGUCAAAACGGUCUGCCAGGACAGCCAGGCAUGCCAGGUGCAAAAGGUCAUCCAGGACCACCAGGUCUGCCAGGAAAGCCAGGACUGCCUGGAUUUGGUAAACCAGGACUCCCAGGACCAAAGGGUGAUAAAGGUAUGGGUGGGCCACCUGGACAUCCAGGACCAAAAGGAGAUAAGGGCCACGGAGGACUUCCCGGUAUGCUUGGACCCCCUGGACCAAAUGGUACACCAGGUCCUCCAGGGCCUAUGGGAGCCCCAGGAGGUUUAGGUGCACCUGGCCCCAAAGGAGACUGUGGAGAAGGAGGGCCUAAAGGGCUUGAUGGAGCCAAGGGUGACACAGGUCCUCCUGGGAUACCUGGUAAGGAUGGUCUGCCUGGAGACCGUGGAGAGCCAGGGCCAAGAGGUCCUCCAGGACCAAGUGGUGCCAAAGGAGAUGGUGGGCAUAAAGGUCUUCCUGGUACCCCUGGUCCUCCAGGACUUCCAGGGCCAAAAGGACAAGGUGGAUUACCUGGUAAUGUGGGACCUCAAGGUCCUAAAGGAAUCCCAGGAAUGGAUGGCACAGCAGGACCAUUUGGGCCUCCUGGUCUUCCUGGGCCAAAAGGAGAUAGUGGUCCACCUGGUCUGCCAGGUAUUGCAGGUGAGGGCAAUCCCGGUCUUCCUGGUCCUAUGGGACCACCAGGAAAAGAGGGCCUAUCAGGACCCCCAGGGCAACCAGGUCAGCCUGGACCACCUGGCCCACCUGGAUCACCCGGUCUGUCUCCUGAUAUGGCUGGAGUACUCUCUGAAAUGGGUCCUGGACUAGAUGGUGUUAAGGCUGGUAGUUAUGGUAAGAAGGGCAAGUAUGGAGGCAAUGGUGCAGAAGUAAUGGGUGCCAAUGGGUUGGAAAUGCCAGCGUUCACAGCUGUAGCAACAACUCCCUUUCCACCUGUGGGCACUCCAGUUGUCUUUGACAAGCUCUUGUACAACGGUCGCCAAAACUACAACCCCCAGACAGGAAUUUUCACCUGUGACAUGCCUGGAAUUUAUUACUUUGCCUACCACAUCCACUGCAAAGGAGCUAAUGUUUGGGUGGGUUUGAUGAGGAACAAUGAGCCAGUGAUGUAUACAUAUGAUGAAUACAAAAAGGGUUUUCUAGACCAAGCAUCAGGGAGUGCAGUAUUACCUCUACAACCUGGAGACACUGUGUACCUUCAGCUGCCCUCAGAUCAAGCCUCAGGACUUUAUGCUGGGCAGUACGUGCACUCCUCCUUUUCCGGGUACUUGUUGUAUCCAAUGUAA